UCAGCGGUGAGGGGCGGGGCUUAGCGAAGGCCAUGGCGGACAGAACCGUCGACCACGGCGUUCAGAUUCGCUUCAUCAGCGACCUGGCCGAGGAUGGCGGCGGCCAACGAGCGCCGCGCGCCCGCGGCGGCUCCUACGGGGUGGCCGUGAGGGUCCAGGGCAUCGCUGGGCAACCUUUCGUGGUCCUGAACAGUGGCCAAGGGGCUGGGGACAGUUUUGGGGUGCAGAUCAAGGCGGGCAACCCCGAAACGAGAGCUGGGAGUCCCGAAAUGGCCGCGGAGGCGUCGGAAAUGGCGGCGAAUCGUCACAAAAUGGCGGCGAGUCGUCGCGAAAUGGCGGCGAAUCGUCACGAAAUGGUCACGAAUCGUCAUGAAAUGGCCUCAAAUUUCAGAGCUGGGGUGGCCACAAAUGUUCCUGAAAUGGCCACAAAUGUUCAUGAAAUGGCCCCAAAUUUCAGAGCUGGGAUGGCCACAAAUGUGCCUGAAAUGGCCCCAAAUGUUCCAGGUUGGAGUUCCAAAAUGGCCGCCAGGAAUCCCAAAAUGGCCGCCAACGUCGCGGCUGAAACGGCCCCGAAUUUUCCUGAAGUUGCCCCAAAUUUUCCUGAAAUGGCCCCAAAAUCCUGGGAUGAGGAGGAAAAUUCGGGGGGAUCUCGGAGGAUCCCAAAAUUUUCGGAUCAAGACCCCAAAAAAUCCCAGGACGCCCCAAAAUUUCGGGACCAACACCUGGAAAAACCCAAUUCCCGAGGGAUCCCAAAAUUUUCGGAUCAAGACCCCAAAAGAUCUCAGGAUACCCCAAAAUUUUGGGACCAACACCCAAAAAACCCCAAAUCCUCCGAGGAACUUCGACGAUCCCAAUCCCACGGCGACCUGGCGGCGAAAAAUCCCAAAAUUCCGCCCAAAAAUCCCCAAAUUUUGGGGGACGUGGACACGGAGCCGUUGGGUUCGGUGGAUUCGUUGAUUUCCAAAUUUGAUAAUUCUGGGAAUUGCCAAAAUUCCCCAAAUUUUCGGGGCCGGGCGGCUCGGAGGGUUCGAGGUUCGGCGGCGGCGCCCAGGAAACGAUCGCAGAGUUUGGAUUCGAGGGAGCCCCAAAAUUCCAAAAUUUCGACCCAAAAUGUGGAGGAGAAGAGCGUGGAGAUGGAGCUGAAAUCCACCCCGGACCUGCUGCGGGACCAGCGGGAAUUGGGGGGAGGCCAAAACCCCACGGAGCUGAUUUAUGGGAUCCUGAGAGAGGGGAGCUCGGAGAGCGAAAUUUCCCUGAAGAGGAAAAUCGCGCGGAUGCUGCGGGAACUGCGGGACACGAACUCGCUGGGGGCUCCGGACUCGUCCCAAUCCCAAAUCCUGGCCAAGAAAUCCCAGGAGCUGCAGCGGAGCCAGGCCCAGCUGGCCGAGCUGCAGGCGGCCAAGGCCGAGCUGGAGGAGCGGCUGGGCCAGCUGGAACAGCGGCUGCUGGCCACGAGCCACGAGCCCAGGGGCGACCCCGACACGCAGGAGCCCUGCCAGGAUCUCCAGGACCAGCUGGACUCCGCGGUGUCGGCGCGGCGCCGCCUGGAGCGGGAGCUGGCGGCCGUCAGGGGAGCUGACCCCAAAUCCCCAAAUCCCAAAUCCCAAAUCCCAAAUCCCAAAUCCCAAAUCCCAAAUUUCCCAUAUCCCCAGGAUCUCCAGGACCAGCUGGACGUCUCGGUGGCCACGCGGCGCCGCCUGGAGCGGGAGCUGGCGGCCGUCAGGGGAGCUCUCCAGGCCGAGGCGGCCGCGCACGAUUCCGACCUGGAGCGGCGGGCGGAGCUGGAGAGGGAACGGGGGGAGCUGGAGAGGAGCAACCAGGAAAAAUCCAGGCUGGAGCAGGAAGGGGAAAAUUGGGAAUUCAAGUUCGGAAUUUGCGGCGGGAGCUGGAGGAGAGCGCGGAGGAGUCGCAGCAGUGAAGGAAAUGUUCCAGAAAACAAAGAGGAGCUGAGGAAUUCCCAAGCAGGAGCUGCUCCAGGCGCGUUUGAGCGGGAGGAAUUCGAGGAGGAGCUGCGGGAGCUGCGGGAGCGACUCCAGAGCCCCAACCAGGAACUAGGAAAGCUCCAGAAGGAUCUGGAGAAGCUCCGGGGGCAGCGGGACGAGGCCGUGAAGGCCCGGAAAGUUCUGGAAUCUUCCCUGGAGGAAUCGGAGCAGGCCCGGAAGGUUCUGGAAUCCUCACAGAAAUUUCUGGAAUCUUCCCUGGAGGAAUCAGAGCAGGCCCGGAAGGUUCUGGAAUCGGCCCUGGAGGAAUCGGAGCAGGCCCGGAAGGUUCUGGAAUCCUCACAGAAAUUUCUGGAAUCUUCCCUGGAGGAGUCAGAGCAGGCCCGGAAAGUUCUGGAAUCGGCCCUGGAGGAAUCGGAGCAGGCCCGGAAGGUUCUGGAAUCCUCACAGAAAUUUCUGGAAUCUUCCCUGGAGGAGUCAGAGCAGGCCCGGAAAGUUCUGGAAUCGGCCCUGGAGGAGUCAGAGCAGGCCCGGAAAGUUCUGGAAUCUUCCCUGAGGGAGUCAGAGCAGGCCCGGAAAGUUCUGGAAUCGGCCCUGGAGGAGUCUCAGGGCCAGAGGGAAAACCUGGAACGGAUCCAGGUCAGAGUGAAGGAGCUGGAGUUGGAACGUUCAGACCUGGAGCGGCGCCUGCGGGACGAGCGCGAGAGGCGCCAGAAACUCAGCCAGGAAUUGGAACAGAUGACAUCAGAAUCCCAAAAUUCCGUGCCUCUCUUCGAUCCCAGCUGGAAAAAUUCCAGGAAAAAUCUCGGAGGGAGCUCCAGGAUUCCCAAAAAAUCGCCAGGGAACGCCUGGAACAGGCGGAAAAAUCCCAGGAAAAUCUCGAGAGGCUCCAGGAGGAGAUUUCCAGGUUGAAAGGAGAGCUGGAAAAUCAAAAACGAGCCCAGGAGGAGAGAACUCGGCAGUGCAGGAUUCUGGAGGACAAAUCCAAGCAUCUGGAACUGGAGCUGGAAGAGGAGAGGAGCUCCCAGGAGCUGCUGAGUGAGAGGGUGACAAGGAGCAGGGA